UGAACUGUCGUGGCACUGCUACAUACAUGUCCGCGCAUCCUCGUAUAUUUCUACUCUAUUACAACACACAACCCAAGACAGAGAUCUAAACUAAAUACUGCGACUACUAGUCUAUGCAUCACCUCUGCAAGCAACUCUAACGAAAAUGAUACUACUAAAAGUUGUACUGAUGAUAAGUAUAGUCGUCCUUGCAUAUAAUAAUAACAUUAGCACAUGUGAAGCAAUAUGGAUUGAAGUAGGCAGCACAGGAGUCACAAAGUGUGUUUCUGAAGAUAUCAAGCAGAACGUUGUAGUCAUUGCUGAUUUCUCCCUUGUCAAUUUAGAAGAUGUUAGUUCCCAGCUCCUCCCUGUCCUCUCUAUUAAGGUAACAUCUCCUUACGGGAAUAAUCUCCAUCACCAAGAAAAUGUGACUCAUGGUCAAUUUGCAUUUACAACUACUGAGGCUGGAACUUACUUUGCAUGUUUCUGGGUGGAUGAAGGUCACAAAGCAACCACCAGCGUGACUGUUAGUCUGGACUGGAGAACUGGAAUUGCUGCAAAGGAUUGGGAGUCGGUAGCAAGGAAAGAAAAACUCGAGGGUAUUGAAUUGGAGUUGAGGAAACUUGAAGAUGCAGUUGAUACCAUCCAUCAGAAUCUAAUAUAUCUUAAGACAAGGGAAGCGGAGAUGAGGGAAGUGAGUGAAACAACUAACGGGAGAGUGGCAUGGUACAGUAUAAUGUCCAUCGGUGUAUGCAUUACAGUUUCAGUUCUGCAAGUUUUUCACCUCAAGCUUUACUUUCGGAAAAAGAAGCUUCUCUAGAUAUUUCAAUCUGCCCUGCACUACAGAAUUCUCAAUAUAAAAACCUGAGGAAACAAUGCUUGUCAAGAAACGGAGGGAACCUGGCUUUUAGCUUAAUCUUUGUUGUACCAUAAAGUUGUAUUUCAUUUCUUAAUAGUUAUGCAUUUAAACGAGCAGGCCUUGUGAUUGUUUUAGAAAGAAAAGGCUGAAAACAGUGUUACAUUCUUAAGUGUAACACAGUUACACCCCCAAAGGUAUUGUAUUUUUCAGUUUACUUAAUGCAUACUGUUAUCCUCAA